AUUCAUUUGUCUGUCUGUCUGGUCUGGUCUGUCUCCUCCGCCACUUACCGUCAUGGGAGAGCAGCCGCCGCCCGCCGCCGCCGCCGCUCAACGUCGUCACGACUGCAGACCUCGACCGCCGCCAUUGCCAUAUCGAGCACCUGCCGGAUGCAGUCGUCUCACGCACGGCAUUUCGUUUUUCUCGUCCACCCACCCCUCCCUUCCGCCCAUGCAGGGUGCGGUGCGUUACCACCGCACAAUGGCAUUGUCAGCCCGCACACCCACCCACGCCCGCCCACCCAGCCGCUCGCUCGCCCGCUUCUUCGCGCGCUUGGUGUUGUAUGCCCGACAGCGGCGGCGGCGGCAGCGGCACGGCAGGUGGGGGAGCCAAGCCGAGCCGAGCAGAGCAGAGAGAGCGAGAGAGGGAAAGAGAGGUAGAUGCGUAGUGGCUUGCUUUGCCGUGAUCACGUAUCACGACAUGCGGAUCCCCCUCCCCUUUCUCCCCCCCCUCUAGUCUAGUCCCCCAUGAUCAGAAAUCCUUCCAGAACGGGUGAGCCCACACACCCCGUGGACCAAAGAAAACGCACGGCGCGACGACGCCCGCCGCCGCCGCCUCCGCCGUCGCUAACAACAGCAACGACGACAACAACAACAAAUAGUACACCAAGAAACACCAACAAGAAAGUGCAAAUCCUGUCGUGAAAGAAAUAGCAGACAACCGACCGACCGCCACACACACAUAGCAUUUCCCCUCCCAUCACGCGGGUGCAGAAGAAGCCAUUAUCACGACGCCUUCCCAACUCCUUUCUUCCUCUUGUCUCCCCCAGUCUUGGUCGGAGCUUCAGCUUUCGUGCUGCUGCAGUGGAACCACACGAGAUUCACUACCACUACCACUACGUACAGUACCACCCCACCCCUGGAAACCCAACCCCCUCCC